GUUUAUGUAUUUUAUGUGUUGGCCAUUUGCUUAACAAGCUACUGUUUUUUCUUCCCUCUCUCAUCUUUCUCUCUCUCUCUUUCUUUUCUCUUGUUUAAAACCACCAAAUUAACCAAACCUACUUUUGACCUGAUUUAGUUAAACUUGUCUCUUAUUGUACCUUGAUUAGUUUACAUUUCAUUUCAUCAUCGUUCUCUCCUCAUCAUCAUGUAUAUUGAUUGAAUAGUAUUGAGUUAGUUAAUUUGGUAGGAAAAACUCUUUACCUCGCUCAACCAACUUUUAAGAUAAAGAGAUGAUAGUUAACAGGCUUUCACCUUCAUUACUCAACCAACCUCGUCAUAAUCAUAAUCAUAACCAUUUUCAUUGCCAACAAUAACACCACUAUCUGAAUAUUCUUGGUAUCUUACUUACUAAAAAUCAUUGUCAAUUGAUUUGUUAAGUGAUCAAUGAUUAUUGAUAGUCUAUUUGACAAGUUUCUCCCUUUAACAUUCAUUAUAUACUCACACAUCUGAAGAUUUUAUUUCCCCUAAAAUAAUCAAAACUCCAGAUUAAUUCCCAUGUCUGUUUCUGUGAUCUCUUAUAAUUGCCCAACGUAUCGGUAAUGAUUAUACUGUUGAUUACAUUCAAAUGAAAAUCUUUCUCUGAAUUAUUUGCUCCUCUCUUCCUUCAUACUGUGCUUCAUAUUUCUCUCUAUUACCAUUGUGUUGUUAAAGUGAAUGCAAACCAUGAUUGGCUUAGCUAAUAACCAAUAUUUCAAUCAAUUUCUGGUUUCGCCUUUUCAGGUAACCAUGGGAUUUGAUGGUGACCAUGAUGAAAUAUCACGAACAGUGUCGGACACAUUAGCAGCCGAGUAUCGUGAUUAUGUGACCAUUAAAAGGACUACACCAACAUCUGUUGAAAUAUUUAACCCACCAUUAAGUUCAACUCUAUCUUCAUCAUCAACCUCGUCACUGGUUAAAGAUGAGGUAUUGAGUUUAUGUGACGAUCCAAUUGUCGAUGAUUCAAAUUACAAUGCUCGAGUUGAAUUUGGCCUUAAAUUGGGUUACACCGAAUCUCAGGUUCAAAUGGCUUUGGUCAAGGUUGGUCCAUUUGCUGCUCAAAAUGAGCUUCUCGAAGAGCUGAUUAAACUCGGUGCCAGUGGACCCAAUUUAACUAAAACCAAUUCCAAUCCUAGUUAUACUGUUGUAAAUAAUAGUAGUGCCAAUCAUGAAUCCCAUCAACAUUCACAUCAUCACCUUGUUCAUCAUACCGAUGAUGUCCACUUGGAUACUUUACAUCGUACCUGUGAUACAACCGAUAGUAGUGACUAUUUACGACCGAUAGUGAUUGAUGGCAGCAAUGUAGCCAUGAGUCAUGGUAAUAAAGAAAUUUUCUCGUGUCGAGGAUUGCGAAUCUGUGUUGAUUGGUUCAAAGCCAGAGGCCAUAAAGAAAUAACCGUUUUCGUUCCAAUGUGGCGCAAGGAGUCAUCACCAAUUGAGAAUCCAAUCAAAGAUCGAGAAAUACUUUUUCAACUUCAAAAUGAAAAGGUUUUGGUUUUUACUCCUUCACGAAUGGUUGGUGGACGACGGUUGACCUGCCAUGAUGAUUUGUACAUCCUUAAUUUGGCCUCACAAAAUGAUGGAGUUGUUGUUAGCAAUGACAAUUAUCGUGAUUUAAUCAAUCGUAAUCCAGAAUAUAAAAAGGUUGUCGAGGAAAGGCUUUUAAUGUAUUCUUUUGUAAAUGAUCGGUUUAUGCCUCCUGAUGAUCCAUUGGGUCGCCAUGGACCCACUUUGGAUGUUUUCUUGCGUCGAAAGGAACAGCCACCGCCACCUUUACACUGUCCUUAUGGUAAAAAAUGUACAUACGGAAAUAAAUGUAAAUAUUAUCAUCCAGAAAGAGGUAAUCAGCCACAAAAAACAGUCACUGAGCGCCUCUUGGAACAAGCACAAUUACAGUUGAUGGAAGUCAAGGCUCGAAACCAAUCUGGAUCCAAUGCUGGCAGUUCAAGCUCAAUUGAUGGCGUUACAUCUUCUACAAAAUUGGGUGAAAAAAUGAGAGCAACUCACACAGGUAGUUUACCCCCAAACAUUACUCUAUGUGAGGGUAACAAUGGUAAUAAAUUGGGCAAAAAGAUGACCAUUUCAAGGAUUAAACCUCUAUUAACAUCCCAUUCAACGAGUUUCCCUCUUGACGCACGUAAAGAUGGAUUAUUUAACUCACAAACAAUUCAACAAUCAAUUGGAUCUUCAAAUACUGGGCAAAUUGGCAAUAAUAUCAACAACAAUAAUAAUAACAAUAAUAAUAAUGUUAAUAGCAAAGUAUCUUCGAGCAAAGAAGCUGAAUCGGUUAAUUUACAUCGUAAAUUACAACGACAGUUAACCUUAAAUCCCACAUAUGAUGCUCGUCUGGCCCGAAUGACUGGUUAUAGUGACAAGUCAACAAGUAAUAAAUCGAGAACACCAGAGAAAAAAGGUUCUUCAUCGUCACCAGGCAAUAGUGGUGGACCUGCAGGUGGCCAUAAGCAAGUUAUGAGGAUUCGAAGUGACAGUGGAUUCAGUACUGGUAGAGACACGAGCGGUAAUGUGAAUAGUGGCCAUAAGAAGACGAAUCACGGUGCAUUACAAAAUUAUCCGUAUUUAAAUUUGAAUAGCAUGCCCCAUCCAAAUGUUACCCGAAUUGCAAGUGCCCCUGACUCUAACUCAACGUGGCUUCCACCAAGACAAACCAUUCUGGGUAAUGCCAACUCAGAUUCACGUUUAAACAUGUGCCAAAAUAUAUCAAUUGGAUCAGGCCUGAGUCAACAGCAACAGGUACAAUCGACUGAAUCAUCAGUCAUUUCAUCAGCAACACCACCUUUCCCAGGUUCCUCUAUUUGGUCAACCAGUGAAUCAAUUCCAUACCAAUUGGCUCAACCUAAUUGGUCCAAUUCACCGAUUAAUCUUCGACCUUUAUCAGUUCCACAAUUCUUACCUUUAUCUGCCAAGAAAAGCUGUCCUCUAUUGAACAGCAAUCGAUCUCACCAAGGAUCCCAGAAAACUCUGAUGUACCGUUCACUGUCGCCAGAAUUAUUUUCAGAUAAUCCACGGUCUAAACUCUACUUUCAUUUGGCCUCAAUUUUCCCAGAAAACCAUGUUCGCACUGCUAUGGACAUGUUACCAGGAGAAACGAAUGCUCAAAUAAUUUGUGCCGCCAUUUUAAAUAUGUUUACAUCGGAGUCACCGCACAAUAGGAAUAGUAUUAAUUAAUGAAAAAAUUGCCAAAAUGUAACAUUUAGAAGCCAAACCAAAUUACGACUCAACCAUAUUCUUAAUGAAUUGAAGUCUCUUUCGUUUGCUUUUACAUCUAGCAAAUCAACUCUUAUGUUGGUUUAAUCAAUAAGUUUAGGAUAACUAUUGGACAAAGAAAAAUGUCCAAUUUUCCAAUUGUUCAAUUCAAAUCAUAAAAACGUAAUCUUCUUCCAUUGAAGAAGAUUAAUUUUUCUUUUAGCUUUUUUCCAAGCAAAUCAAUUGUUUCAUCCAACAUCAUCUCUAUCUUAAUACUGUUUCUCAUCAGAUUGUUUUAUUGUUUUCCUUUUUGUAAUGUUACUGUUAGAAAAAAAAUGAUGAGAAUAUAUUUCAAGAUUCUUAUCCUUUCAUCAGUUAAUAAGCAAAAUUGUGACAAAUCAAAUUUAAUUGUAAAUUUACAGAGCAUGGUAAAAACAGGCAAAUGUUACUAAUACUGUAAACCCAAUUGUGUGUUUACAUGAAAGAUCAGUCAAAUUGAGUUUCACUUUUCAUCUCUUUGCGCUGAUAAACACAUCAAUAUUGUAUUGAAAUGUUUACUCAAUUGUCAACAUUUAAAAAUCAAAUUUGUCACUUUUGCUGCUUCGAUCUAUCAGUUUCAAACACAAUCCUCAGUGUUUGUGUAAGUCUAAGCUUGUCUCAAUACAAUCCAUUGUAUUUCAAUAGCAACCCUAGACAAAUACAAAUCUUUGAUAUUAGUCAUGUCAAAGAAGAUGUUAAUCAAUUAAUUUAUAAACAGCAACUCCUUUGUAUCAAGUUAUCUUGAAUUGCAAUUAACUGCAAUUUAAUCUUCUCGCAAUUGUUUCCAUUGAGAAGACUUGAAUCAUUUUAUUAUAUAAAAUAAUGUAAAAGUGUUUCAAUCCAUGUUAGCAUCGUAUAAUCAGUUGAUCAAUGUUAACAUUACUGUUGAGGUUUUACACCUUUUAGCAUAACUUACCCUUUAAAUUGACUUAGAGACAUCGAUUGAAACACUUGAUUGCUUCAAUAAUUAAUAUUUAUGUUUAAUUUAUGUAAUUUAAAUUUUUUUCAUUGUUAAAGUAAAGAAUGUAAUGUUUUGUAUUAUUUUAACGCUUGUAAUAUUGAUAUACAUUCAACUGUAUAUCAUGUUAACAGUUUUAUUAUAAUAUUGGAAACGAAAUCAAAUUAGUAUUGAUGAAAAUUUUCAAUUGCAUCUUGUUAAACAGUUUAAACGACCAGAUAAACAGAUAAUCGUAAAUUUGAUUUCUUAAUUCAAUUGUGUUCUUUCCCAUCAACCAUAUUUUGUAUUUCAUCAGUCCAACCAAUUCUCAUUUUGUGUUCCCAACUUUUUAUCAUAUUUAUAUAACAAACCUUUUAAAUGACUUAGCCAAUGAUUUAUAAAUUAUGGACCAAACAUUUUGUUUCUCAUUGUAUUACUUUCAUUUUUUUUGUAUAAUGUGAUUAAUACAAAUUAGCGCAUGAUGAUAAUUAAUUGUCAUUAAUUCGUUUAUUUUCCGUUUAAAAACAUUAAAGUGUUGUGACAAACAUUUCUGGUAA